UAUUCCUUUAGAACAAAAACCUGGCCUAUGGCCUAUAUUUUUUAAAACAAAGAAUAAGUCAUCUGCCAUUAACAAAACAUUGUAAUAUAAUAUCUUUUUUCAGUUAAUUCAUCUUGAUUACGAUUAAUAUCAGGAUCAAAGUUUUCAGUUCCUUUGAGUUCCCUAGAAAAUUUUGACAAUUUAGGGGUUUGAAAGGCUUAUUUAAUCGAUUCCUGGCCCACGGCACUGGACCCCCGCUUGCGCACCCAUGUUAGGUGCACACAGUAGGCCUACUCUCCACCUGAACAGUGCAGUGUGCACGAAAGCUAAUCAAUAAAACUAGUCUUUAAAAUACGGUAGUACUUCGCAUGUCCAGUGUUUUACAAAGAGGCUUCUACUAAUGAAGUCAGAUAUUAGUGAAUGUAAAGCGCGCUCAGCAACAAGUGGGCGGAGCCAAAGAAAGGAAGCAGGAGAAUUAUUUGUACAAAAUAUUUCGUUUCAGGUCAUCUCAUUUCGUAGGUGUUUCUCAAACUCGGUUUAAUCUUUGUCAGCUUGUACAAACUUUGAAGACUAACCAGCAACCAUGAUCUGGUGGACGGUCUGUUUAUUGCUCUCCUGCCUUUCACUAGCCCGCGGGGAUAGCUGUCCAGAUAUGCAUAUAUAUGGUCCAUAUGGAGCUCAAGCUAUAGUGGAAUACGUGUCAGUCGAGGCAACAAACCACUCAGCAGCAGUUAGGCGAAGGGUUGUGGUGCCAAGUAACUCGACCCUUCUGCAAGGAAUGCUAGUUGCUCAGCACGAGCACGGUCCUAGAGAAUUCACAUUUGAAACAAUCUACAAUGAGCAAUAUGGACACUUCAUAACUUCCAUCAACGGAGUCGAGAACAACUAUAAUGACAACAAUUACUAUUGGAUGGUGUAUGAUGCGGAGACCGACACUCGUCUACCAUGUGGUGUUGACUCUACAUAUCCAGAAAAUGACGCACACUUUAUCUGGAAAUAUAAAUAUAUUCCAUAAUGGCUGAACACACAGGAUAUACUCACUAUU